AUGUCCAACAAGGUGGAGCUGGAUAAAUAUGGACCUGUAGGAUGGCAUGGCCAGUCUUGGGCGUACUAUAAAGGAAUAAUGCAAUUAACUUUCGAGGGGAAAGAUGUGUUGGAUUGUGCUACGGGAGACAAAGUUCACGCAGCUAACGCAAGCACAAACGAAGUAAAGGGGUUUCGAGAAGCUCAAGUAACGAUCAAAAUGCAGCUUCUUGCGUCCUUAUUGAUGGAGUUAGGUCAGCGAGUGAUGACGAAAGAAACUGGUUCCGAGAUGUGGAAGUACCUGGAGGACUUUUACGAGGGAGAGACGAAUGCUGCAACGAGAACAAACCAGGAGACCAUCUUGUACUACAAGUUAAACGCGAUAAAGUACAAACUAAGUUGGGACGUGGUGCAGCAGAUUGAAAAGAUGUUCAUGAUGAAGGAACAACUAGCUGCUUUAAACGCAGAAGUUCGCGACCCCAUUUUUACGCAACUACUGACCAGUCAUUACCAUCAAAUGCGCGUUUCGAGCGUCUACGGGGUAUGGUGGAAAGCGGGGAUGACAAAGUAG